AUGGAGUCGAGUGCUGCUGUGUUUAUAGCAAUAGAUAUCAACCUUAACUCUCCUAACAAAGGUCUAAUGUCCGAAAACAUGACUGAUGUGCCUGUGGACGCAGCUGCAUCUGUGGGUGCACUUGGAGGACUAUCUGAAGCCGAAAGUGAGGAGCUGAAGAUAGAACUCGUAAAGGUGGAAGAAGAAAUAUCAACACUUCGACAGGUGUUAUUUGCCAAAGAAAAACAUGCCUCUGAGAUCAAAAGGAAGUUGGGGUUGACUCCAUUUAAUGAGCUGAAGGACAAUUUUAGCAAAAGCUGGCAGAAUGUGCAAACGUCUAACGCUUAUACAAGAGCAUCUGGAACAGUUGAAGAUUUGAAUAAGACAAUAACUCAGUCUGAAGUGUGAGUGGUUUUUCAAUGG